GCCAGCCGCUGUCGUGCCGAGAUUCAUUCCCUACCAAAGACCUGUUGUCAAACCAAAGACAUCCCUCGUGAAUCAGAAGCUAUACAACAGCUGCUAUCAUGAAGGUAUUCAUCAGUGCUGCUGUUUGCGCCCUCGUGGCCUGCAUUGCCUUCGCUGAAGACGCGAAGAAGAAAGACGAGAAGAAAGACGUGGAGGCUCGUGGAGGCAUCCUGGGUGCUGGAGUCGGACUUGGUGGCGUUGGCGGCGGAUACGGCGCUGGAGUUGGCCCUGGUCUCGUCGGUGCGGGUCUUGGAGGAGCUGGCCUCGGUGGAGUUGGUUCAGCCGGAGUUGGUUAUGGUGGAGUAGGCCUCGGUGGAGCUGGCCUAACCGGAGCCGGUUUCGGCGGCGCAGGCCUCGCUGGAGCCGGUCUCAGCGGCGCUGGACUUGCUGGUCCCGCGCUCGUUGGCCCUGGAGUCGCGGGUGCCGGUGUCGUGGGCAGCCCAGCUCUCGUUGGUGCGGGGCUUGGACACGGCGUUGGCGUCGGCCACGGCGCCGGCGGUGGUUACCAGUCCGGCUACGGGUCUUCAGCUGGAGGCCAUCAAUCUGGAUACCAGGGCGGCGCCUCUGGACACAAUCAGGGAUCCGGAGCAUUCGCCGGUGGAGCGUCUCACAGCAAGGUUAACGCCUACAACAACAAGCAGGGCUACAGCCACAGCUCUGGCUUCUCGUCCAGUGACAGCAAGAAAUUCGGUUCUGGCUUCAACCAGGGAUCUUCUGGUUUCAAAAAUGGCGCUGCGGGACACCAGGCUGGCUUUGGACAGUCCUCGUACGGCAAGGCUGCCGGUGUUGGAGUCGGUGGCGUCGGUCUUCAUGGUUAAAUGCGGGUGCCACUUCUCAGGCUACAGAAACAAUGUGUAGUGUUAGGAUUUGAUUGUGUUGCUCUCAGCUGCGCAAACAAGUUUCUGCUCUUGUAGAAAAGUAUCUUCAUGUGAUAAGUUUACUGAAUUCCAGAAUGACAAUGUGCCGAAACUUUGCUUCAAGUUUAGUUACCUGCCCUCCUGACGAUGGCUUUAUCCGGUGACUAUUUGCAAGGAUAUCCAAGUAACAACACAAGAAACGUUUUCUGUGAGAGGCAAAAACUUUAGUACAAGACAAUUUUUCAGCUCUGUUAAUGGUCAUUCAUUUCUUUAUUCAAAACUAAAAUUUUUUUAUGCAUAAUUUUGUGUUGAACACGAAGGGAAAACUUUAUUAAAGCCGUGUACUUCCCUCUUAGAUCUACAUGCAGUCUUGUACAGUGCGGUACGGGAUAUGAUGCACGUGUCUUUCUGCCAUUUUCAGAGCCUCUUGAAAUUUUGCUCCUGCGGCAUUCUUGUUCCUGUUUUCAAGCACCACUGCUACGUCGUCAAAAUUUUGAAUAAAACAUGCUUUCUAUUGAAUAAACUUUUUGGGCUCCUGCU